AUGGGAAUUCCGUCGGUGUCCACAAACCUUUCUGGAUUCGGUUGUUUCAUGGAGGAACAUGUUGAAGAUCCAAAGUCCUAUGGUAUCUACGUGAUUGACCGGCGCUUCCAGAACUGUGAGGAUAGCAUCCAACAACUUACCAAAUAUCUGUUUGAAUUUUGUCAAUAUUCCCGUCGUCAACGAAUUGUUCUUCGCAACCGCACGGAACGCCUGAGUGAACUUUUGGACUGGAAGAAUUUGUGUUCGUAUUAUCGACGUGCUCGUGUAAUGGCUCUUCACAGGCAUGCACCUGAGCUAUUCACCAAUCCUCCACCAAUGAUAAAUAACGGUGACAGCUAUUCCGAACGCAGUUUUUGUAUCAGUCGGCCGUAUUCUGCCCCAGCCUCUCCAUCUGCCUCUGGACGAUCCACACCGUUGCCAAGUGGCGGAGCUACGGGAUCCGAGCGUAGUAGCCCCACCUCUCAUUUGGACGAAGAUGAAGUAGAUGAAGUAACCGAACGCCUCGAAUUGGGACUUAGUGCGGUCGAAUUGGAUGAUGGUGUGACAGCGUAG